GGCAAGUGUAACUCAAGCCUUCACACCAUUUUCCAUUUUCAGCAUUCAUUGGCACAAGGUGGUGUGGCUCAAUGGGAAAACAUUCUCUUCUAAACGCGAUUUUGCAUUUUGGGCUUGUCAUCACCUUCUGCUAUGCUGUGGCUGCUGCAGCAACAACUCAAGUUUCAGGAACUGAAGUUAACACAAAUGGGAAACUUGAAACUGAAGAGCUGACAAAAACAACCCUAAAUGAAAACUAUGAAGAGGAAAAGUUCCUUUUUCACCAUCACAAACCAUUAUUCAAGAAACCUUUUUUUAAACCUGUUCCGGUUUAUAAGCCUAAACCAGUUCCAGUCCCGGUUUUCAAGCCUCAUCCUAAACCAGUUCCGGUUUUCAAGCCUAAACCAGUCCCAGUUCCGGUUUACAAGCCUCAUCCUAAACCAGUUCCGGUUUACAAGCCUAAACCAGUUCCGGUUUAUAAGCCUAAACCAGUUCCGGUUCCUGUUUUCAAGCCUCAUCCUAAACCAGUUCCGGUUUACAAGCCUAAACCAGUUCCGGUUCCGGUUUACAAGCCUCAUCCUAAACCAGUUCCGGUUUACAAGCCUAAACCAGUCCCAGUUCCGGUUUACAAGCCAAUUCCAGUUUUCAAACCAGUUCCAGUUCCAACACCAUUUCCAGUGAUUAAGCCAAUUCCAAAACAUGUACCAUUUUAUAAGCCAAUUCCUGUUUUCAAGCCAGUUCCAACACCAUUUCCUAUCAUCAAGCCUGUGCCAAAACCAGUUCCUUUUGUUAAACCUAUUCCAUUUUUCAAACCUAUUCCAAAACACAUCCCUUGAAAACCAUUGUCAUGAUUUUUUAUGCUUUCAAAAACCCUAGUUUAUAAGUUUCCACUUCAACCCAAAUUUGAGAAACCACACCGCAUAAGAUUAUAUAGAAUCUUAAUUCUAUGAAACAAUGUCAUGGUUAGAAAAUGUUAUCCAUUCUAUUAUUUCCAUUAUGGUCACGCCUGUUCUAAGAAAUCAAUGGCGUUUCUGUAAAAACCCUAUCCCACCCAUGUUGUGCAGUGUGCUAGAAUAUUAUAUGCAGUAAAUGCAUUUGUUUCAAUAAUGUUGUAUAUCAGCUAUCUGUAUUAUUCCAAGAAUAGAAAUAAUAUGUUUCUCUA